AUGAAUAUUUCCACAAUUACCGGCAAUCUCUCCGUGACGAUGCAAUUCCGUCACCCCGAACUAAUUGCCUUAAUAACAGUCAACGCCAGCGCUGCUGUUAUCGGUACCAUUCUCUCCCUGACGUUGUUCCUCACCAUGAUUCUGCGUCCGCAACUGCGCACCGGCUCCGGCAUUCUUAUCGCCCACCACCAACUACUGCACGUACUGCUCAACAGCGUCGUCAGUCCGUUCUACAUCGUCACGGCUUGGGGUGUCUGGCUAGGCGGCUCCAUUUCCGGCCUCGACUGCAAUGCCUUGUUCUGCGCGUGCCAGCUGAUUGUCUGCUGCGAAACAUGGAGUUCGUUGUUCUUGGCUGUCAACCGUUUCGUCGCCUUGACAUAUCCGCACCAGUACAGCCAUAUCUCAUCGAACACAGCCGUUACGGGUUUCAUAAUGGCGGCAUGGGCCAUUAGCAUGGCAAUUAACCUUCUCGGCGCCUUCGGUGUUGGGAGUAUUUUCGGGAGGCGGGAGUUAGGUUGCGGAGUCGUGCGCGUGACAGAUCAACAUCUCUUCAACGUCGCUGGCAGCUUUGAUGAUCAAUCAUUCGACUGCCGUAGCAGGCUGGUGGCCAUUCAUGCGCUCCUCCUGGUGCAAGAAAUGACCACCGUGGAACCCGCCGCGCCGGUAUCCCAGUCGAUUGCGUCGGUAUGCGGGCACUGGUGUCAGCCCGCAUCCCUGCUGAAUUGGAGCCGCGGGGAACAUCCCUUACGUCGGAUUGCCGGCUAG